AUGGUGGACAACACGAACAAUUACUUCCAUGCCGCCCCAGACCAGUACUCGCCAGACUUAAUCGAAGUCACCCCUUCCCCUAACAUCUCAACUUCCGUUGUUGUUGAGAGGGACCCCAACAUCAAUAUUGUGGAGAACCGCCAGGCGACAGGGAGCUCAUACUGGUUGGCAAACAUGGGACACGGUACAUUUCCGUAUGCGCCGUCAGGCUACCCAGCUUGGCGUAACGUAAAGGAGUACGGCGCCAAGGGAGACGGCGUGACGGAUGACACCGAAGCCAUCAUGAGCGCGGUCACGGCGGGCGGCCGUUGUGGGCAGGACUGCGGCUCGACGAGCGUGCUCGGGGCCGUCGUCUUCUUCCCGCCGGGCACGUACAUGGUGUCGUCGCCCAUCAUCCAGUACUACUACACGCAGUUCAUCGGCGACCCGACGGGAGACAAGCCGACGAUCAAGGGCAUGUCGACGUUCCAGGGCAUCGCGCUGAUCGACACGGACGUGUACAUUCCCGGCGGGAACGGCGACGAGUGGUACAUCAACCAGAACCAGUUCUUCCGGCAGAUCCGCAACCUCAAGAUCGACCUCACCGACAUGCCCAACGAGAACACGUCGGGCGACCAGACGUACGUGCCGUGCGGCAUCCACUGGCAGGUGGCGCAGUCGACGUCGCUGCAGAACAUCGACGUGGUCAUGCCGCUGGGCGGCGGCACCACGGCCGUCGGCAUCUUCACCGAGAACGGCUCGGGCGGCUUCAUGAGCGACCUGACCUUCUUCGGCGGCAACAUCGCCAUGCGCGUCGGCAGCCAGCAGUUCACCGCCCGGAGCAUCACCUUCACCCUGCCCGCCAUCGCCGUGUCCAUGAUCUGGGACUGGGGCUGGACCUGGCAGGACAUCUACGUCAACGCGGCCUACAUCGCCUUCGACUGCACAAACUUUGGCGGCGACGGCCUGCAGGGCACCGGCAGCCUCACCGUCGUCGACUCGCACUUCAACUCGGUGCCCUACGCCAUCACCGUCGUCGCCGACACCAGCAAGCGGCCCGCCAUCACCAUCGACAACCUGCUGAUCGAGGGCAACACCCCGUCGGUGGUGCUUGUCAGCGGCGGCGACACCAUCCUGGCCGGCGUGACGGGCGGCUCGGCGACGAUCCAGUCAUGGGCCAUGGGCCGCCGGUACACCGACAUCGACGGGUCCGGCUCGUACGUCACGGGCAACAUCGACCCGCCGCCCAACAAGCCCGCCGUGCUCCUCGACGGGGGCUCGGGCAAGUUCUUCACCAGGUCGAAGCCGCAGUACGAGGGCCUGGGCACGGGGUCCUUCGUCAGCGUCGCCGACUUCGGCGCGACGGGCGACGGCACGGGCGACCAGAGCGGCGCCAUCAACGCGGCACUGUCCGGCGCCGGCGGGAGGGUCGUCUUCUUCCCGGCGGGCGUGUACCCGGUCGGGUCCACGGUCAACGUCCCCGUCGGGUCCCGCAUCGUGGGCGAGGCCUGGCCGCAGAUCAUGGCGUUUGGAGCGACCUUUAGCGACGCCCGCAACCCCCAGGCCGUCUUUCGCGUCGGGAAUCCCGGCGAUGUCGGAGAUGUUGAAAUUUCGGACAUGAUGUUUACCGUGCAGGGCCCCAACCCCGGCGCCGUCCUCGUCGAGUGGAAUGUCAAGGAGGGAAGUCAGGGAAGCGCUGGCAUGUGGGACUCGCAUGUCCGUAUCGGUGGCUCUGUCGGAUCGAACCUGCAGACCGAGCAAUGUCCCGCGUCGUCAGCCGUCGACAGCAACUGUUUUGGCGCCGCGCUCAUGAUGCACGUUACAUCCGGAGCCUCCGGGUACUUUGAGAACAACUGGUUGUGGACUGCAGAUCACGAUCUUGAUACUCCCGCCCAAUCUCAGAUCAACAUCUUCACCGCUAGAGGUCUCCUGGUUGAGGGCGACGGGCCUACGUGGUUCUGGGGAGGCGCCUCGGAACAUGCCGUGCUGUAUCAGUACAACUUUGACCAUGCGUCCAACAUCUACAUCGGCCACAUGCAGACUGAAUCGCCGUAUUACCAGCCAACCCCCACCGCUGUGGAUAUCUUCCCGUUGGGGGUCUAUGCCAGCGACCCCGAGUUCGAAGACUGCAACCCGGCGGACCAUCUUUGCCUCCUCUCGUGGGCCCUCAUCAUCCGAAACUCGCACGAUAUUCUCAUCUACGGUGCCGGCCUGUACAGCUGGUUCCAGAGCUAUGCCCAGGACUGCCUCGGCGGGGAGAAUUGCCAGCAGCGCAUCGUACAGACGGACUAUUCGCAGGGUAUCUGGAUGUUUAGUCAGUACACCAAGGGGGUGCUUGAGUGCGUCUCCCCGCUAGGAGGCAUCGCUCCGACAGUCCAGCAAGACAACCGCAACGGCUACCUCACGGCCAUCAGCGCCUGGAUGCCACUGGCUCUCACCGGCGCCAACAUUGGUGGGUUCCAGCCGAUAUCCGACAACCCAACCCCCGACGGCCUGCAGCCGGUUCCCGGCCUCUCAGGCGCCUGCGGCGACAUCCAGUGCGGCCAGACCAUGACGAUCUCGGAUCAGUGCGCCAGCGCAAUCGCAAGCCUCCCCACAUCGGGCGCGAACAACAACCCCCCAGGUCCGGAGAACUGCCAGGAGACGUGCGACAUCUACCGGCUCGUCACCGGCACAUGCUGCGGCACAGGAGGUUCCCUCUGUUUCGGCAUGGAGAUUCCCCCGGGCCAGUCCGUCCCGGCGCCGUUCCCGAUCACGUCCGGCUUCGCGCCCCCGUCCGCCACCUACAGCGCCCCCGGCGUCGACUCGUCCGGCCACCCGACGACGAGCACCUACGACCCAGACCACACGAGCGACCACGACUUUUUCUUCCCGCCCUUCUGGAUCCCCAUCCCCGUCGGCGGCCCGCCACUCGUCGUCCCGCCUCCGGUCGACCUGCCCGACGACCCAGCGGGCUGGCUGUUCAUCAUCGACGAGUGGGACGCCAACAGCUGGGAUGACACUGGCAGCCCCACCGACACCGACGCACCGCCCCCUCCAGCCUCGUCCACGACGCCGCCGCCGCCCCCGCCAACACAGACGUACACGCCCCCAGCGGCCGGCCCAUUCGGCGUGCUGGUGCCCAGCGGGCACGGCGUGGACUGCCACACGGACGCCGACUACACGGACCUAUCGCAGUGCUACGCGCACGCCUUCGACGGCUUCGACGUGGGGACGACGUACAGCAACAACGACAACAUCUGCUACGGCACGGGCGACGUCAUCCCGGAGCCGGGGGACCCGCCCAUCGGGGGGUACUGCGUGCUGGCCUCGUCGCCGGGCUGCUCGCUGGUGUGGGGCAUCGCCAACUCGUUCGGCUCCUCGCCCAUCUACCGCUUCACCGGCCAGCAGCUGCGCGACUUCCUCGACGACGCCAGCUCAAAGUGCGGGAAUGGGCCGGCUGCGGCGAUCAGCACCACGUCCAGGGACCCGAAUGAUGCUUCGCUGGGGUGGUCGAUGAGCUUCUGUCUUGUGCAUGAUGGGCAGGAGGCGGCGUGCGGGACUAAUCAGGGAUUUCCUAACCCUUGA